AUGGAAGGACGGAAUCAGACCAACAGCUUCGAUUUCCUCCUCUGGGGACUCUCAGAGCAGCCAGAGCAGCAGCACUUCCUCUUCCUGUUGUUCCUAUGGAUGUAUGUGGUCACUGUGGCUGGGAACCUGCUCAUUAUCCUGGCCAUCGGCGCUGACACACAUCUCCACACCCCCAUGUACUUCUUCCUCGCCAGUCUGUCCUGUGCAGACAUCCUUUUCACCUCCACCACUGUGCCUAAAGCCCUGGCGAACAUCCAGACCCAGAACAGGUCCAUUUCCUACGCAGGAUGCUUGGCUCAGCUCUACUUCUUCUUGACAUUUGGGGACAUGGACAUCUUUCUUCUGGCCACAAUGGCCUACGACCGCUACGUGGCCAUUUGCCACCCUCUCCACUACCCGACGAUCAUGAGCCUCCGGCGCUGCAUUCUCAUGGUGACUGCCUGCUGGACUCUUACAAGUCUUGUUGCCAUGACUCACACCUUCCUCAUGUUCCGGCUUUCCUUCUGCUCUAAGAAGAUCAUUCCUGACUUCUUCUGUGAUCUGGGACCCCUGAUGAAGGUGUCGUGCUCAGACACCCACAUAAAUGAGCUUGUGCUCAUCUUCUUGGGGGGUGCAGUAAUUUUAAUCCCCUUUAUACUCAUUCUGGUCUCUUACAUCCACAUUGUGUCAGCCGUCCUCAGAGUCCGCUCUGCCCAGGGAAGGCUCAAGGCCUUCUCAACCUGUGGGUCCCACUUCGCUGUUGUUGCCCUGUUCUUUGGGACGGUGAUCAGGGCUUAUCUGUGCCCCUCGUCCUCUUCCUUCAACUCAGUAGAGGAAGAUACGGCAGCUGUGGUCAUGUACACAGUGGUGACUCCUCUACUGAACCCCUUCAUUUACAGCCUGCGGAAUAAGGACAUGAAGGGUGCACUGGUCAGACUUCUCAGAGGCAAAGUCUCCUGCUUGUGGGGCCAGUGA